AUGGCGCGUAACAUAGUAACCGUGUGUAUGUUUUGCCUGCUCUGCGCAGCGCACACUUGUGGUUCUCACGUGGACGUCGACGUAGCUGGCUAUGAGCCGAAGAGCAUCGAUAAUGCACUGGACCUAAGAGACAAGCGUCAGGAGAGGUCGAGACAUAAGCGAGAUGUUAUGGGAAAUUAUAUUGAACAAAUUUUUAGAUUAUAUGGCGAUCCCAAUUCUAUGACGAUGGACCUUAAUGGUUUUCAUAGAAUGUUAAGUGGUUUAGAGUUGGAGAAAUUAAUAAAUGGAAGUGUAGAGAAAAUAGAGAGUAAGAAUUAUAUGUAUGACCAGCGGGGGGCAAAUGACGAUGUUGUUAAUUGCAUCAGCAGUUCCGAAUUAAUCACAACAGUGAAUACCAAAUUAAAAAACAACAAUCAUGAACACAAUCAUGACCACGACCAUGAGAAUCACGACCAUGAUAUUAAUAUAACAAAAGAUACUCUAGUGGCCAUAUGCCCUAUUUUAUUAUACCAAAAACUCGCAAACACCUCACUAGAAAGAGGCGGUUGUGUUUCAGACACAAACUUUCAAACACACAUAGAAAUUCACGAGAGCGCAUACUCGAAAAAUAUGUUCGCCGUGUGGCUCUACUCAUGUUUAAGUAUCACAGCCAUCAGCGCAUGCGGUCUCUUAGGCGUGGCCGUUAUACCAAUAAUGCACAAGACAUACUAUAACCACUUGCUACAGUUUCUGGUAGCAUUGGCUGUGGGCACUCUAUGCGGUGAUGCGCUGUUGCACCUCAUGCCACAUGCCAUGUCAGGCCAUGACCAGGGUCACGAUGACGGUAUGUGGAAGGGUCUAGCAGCGAUGUUUGGUGUUGUGUUCUUCUAUUUCAUGGAGAAGGGAUUGACCGUGGUUGUGGAAUGGCGGAAGAGGCGCCAGAAGUUGGAGGAAGACAAGUUACCUACACGGGUUAGAGUAUUGAAGGAUGACCCGAUUUUCAAAGAGGAAGACACGAAAAUGUGUAAACACAAAUAUUCAGAAUACCCAUACUGUUACGAUGAAAUCGAUACAGACACACACGACGAGCACCAUUUGAGAGAUUUGCCAAGUCCUAAGGAGAAAGAGAAGGAGAAGAAUAGUGUCAGUGUUGUGUCGUCGAAUGCGUUGAAUGAUAAGAGUGACAAGGAAGAGCCGAAUGCGAAGGAUUGGCUGUUGAAGGGCGAAACGGGGGUGGAGUUGAAUAAUGUUAAGGAAGGGACGAAUUUGAAGGAUGGUGAUAGUUAUACGGUGAUUUUGAGAGAACACUCCCGAGCCCAUCAUGGUCAUUCCCAUGCCCAUGGGCAUGUCCAUGCUCCGCCUUCAUCUAUGUCUUCGGUGGCAUGGAUGGUGAUAAUGGGGGAUGGAUUACACAAUUUUACGGAUGGAAUGGCAAUUGGCGCAGCAUUUGCUUCCAACUUAGCCGGUGGAUUCUCAACCGCCAUAGCAGUAUUAUGCCACGAAUUACCUCACGAAUUGGGUGACUUUGCGGUACUCUUAAAAGCGGGUAUGUCGGUAAAGAGAGCCGUGUGUUACAACAUACUGUCCUCUGCCCUAUGCCUUGCCGGGAUGGUCUGUGGUGUUCUGGCUGGACACGCUCCAUCCGCCACAAGAUGGCUCUUCGCGGUCGCAGCCGGUACUUUCCUCUACAUAGCCCUGGUUGAUAUGAUGCCAGAACUGAGCACAUCGCACAGCAAGGAAGGCACCUUCUGUCAGUGCCUCCUGCAGCUCAUGGGCUUGGCUUCUGGUAUCGGGAUUAUGCUGGUGAUUGCCCUAUAUGAGCAGGAUCUUAAGAACUUAUUUGGUUAG